AUGCAAGAUAUGACUAAGUUUGAUAUAGUACGUAUUUGGGGGAGUGAUGUUGUGGGUUGGGAGUUUGUAGGUUCUGAUGGCACGUCCAAUGAUCUGUUGUUAAUGUGGAAUGACAUGCUAUUUAAAAUGAAUAACUGUUACAAAGGGGAGAGAUGGUUAUGUGUUGAAGGAGUCCUGUUAAAAAAUGAGUUCAAUUGUGUUUUUUUUUUAGUGUAUGGUGCCCAUACUAGAGUGGAGAAACUUACUGUAGGGGAGGAAUUGAGUUUUAUAGCUGGAUUAUGUCAAGUUCCAAUAUGUUACAUGGGAGACUUUAAUGAGGUUAUACAGAUUGAAGAGAGGAAAGGUCAGGACAGGUUAACAAUGUCAGCAGAAGAUUUUAAGAAUUGGAUCCAAGAUAUGCAGCUACUGGACUUGCCGUUGAAUAAUCGUAAAUUUACAUGGUUUAGAGGCCGCUCUUGCAGUUGUAUUGAUAGAGUCCUAUUAAGUGUAGAAUGGAUUGAGGAGUUCUCAAAGAUUCGAUUAAAAGGUGGACCGAGAGGUUUGUCAGAUCACUGCCCAAUUAUAGUUGAGGACUCCAAAUUUAGAGGUGGACCACGACCUUUUCAAAGCUUAGACUUUUGGUUUACAUAUGAGGGUUUUUUAAGAAUAGUUAGGGAAGAAUGGAGGAAUCUUGGCGAACUGCAGUUCAUAGAAAAACUGAAGGCCCUAACGUUGCCUUUAGGGAGAUGGCAAAAGGACAAAUUUGGUGAUGUGGACAAAAAAAUCCAGCACUUUGAGGAGAAAAUCAAGAGGAUAGAUGAUAUGGCUGGCAAUGGCAUUUAUGAUGGUACAGUGGAGACUAGAAGGAAGGCUCUGGUAAGUUGUUGUAAGCAGUGGUAUGUGAGAAAAGAAGUACACUGGAAGCAAAUGUCACGAUCCAAGCUUGCGAAGGAUAUAGACAAAAACACUAAGUACUUCCAUAACUUAGCAUCAGCAACACAGAGGAAUAACAGAAUUGAUGCAUUGGUAAUUAAUAGAAGGUUGAUAAAAAAUCAUGCUCGGAUCAAGAUUGCAAUCAGAGAGUUUUAUAAGGAUUUGUAUCAACAAAAGAGAUUGCCGGUUGUGGGGUUUAGGGACGGUUUGGUAAAUCGAAUUGAUGAAGAGGAGUCUGUAGCAUUGGAGAGAAUGCCAACAACGGAAGAGGUUAGAGAGGUGGUUUGGGAUUGUGAGUCUUCUAUGGCGACAGGAAGUGACGGGUAUAACAUGAAUUUCAUUAAAAAGUGCUGGGAUGAUAUUGGUGCAGAGUUCACGUCAGCUGUGUUGGAAUUUUUUCGAUCAUCAAGGUUGCCUUCUGAUUCGAAUAUUACGUGGGUGGCCCUAGCACCUAAGUUUACUGGAGCCAAGGAGAUUAAAGACCUCCGGCCGAUUAGCAUGGUAGGUUGCGUAUUUAAAGUAAUCUCUAAAGUGAUGGUCCGAAGGAUGAUAUCAGUGAUGCUAGGUCUAGUAGGGGAGACACAGAGCGCAUUUGUGAAGGUUCAAAAAAUACAUGAUGGGGCACUUAUUGCAUGCGAAACAGUGCAAUGGUUGAAGAUGAGGAAGAUGGAAGCGGCGAUCAUUAAAUUAGACUUUCAGAAGGCGUAG